AUGGACGCACUUACAACCGCCCAAAACCUCUUCCUUGAGCUCGUCCAAAAACUCCCUCCCCAAGUGCAGAGCGUCCUGCUAUCAUCCACAACACGCAAUGUCCUGGCAGUCGUGCUUGCGCUCUCACUCCUCAGAACGUUCAAUCGUGUCCUGUCGAGCUUCGUGCUCAAUAAUUGGACGUCUGAUAAAUACGACUGGUCCCGCGAAGUUGUUCUAUUGACAGGCGGGKGUAGUGGAAUUGGGCAGCACGUUACGCAGGGCCUCGCAAGCAAAGGCGUCAAAGUGAUUGUCGCCGAUAUCCAGGAGCCUACUACUCCUCUCCCAAAAAACGCAUUCUUCUACAAAUGCGACGUCMCCUCCUCCGCCAGCGUCAAACAAGCCGGCUCCCUCAUUCGCGCUGACCACGGCGAUCCAACUGUGCUCAUCAACAACGCCGGUGUCGGCAAAGAAGGCUCCAUCCUCGACAAACCCGAAAGUGUAAUCAGAGCUGUGUUCGAGGUAAACACGAUAUCGCACUACUGGACUGUGCGUGAAUUCUUGCCAGCGAUGCUGAAACGCAAUCACGGACAUAUCAUCACCAUUGCGAGUGCAGGCAGCUUUUUGGGGCUGGGGGAGAUGACGGAUUAUAGCUGUAGUAAAGCUAGUGCGCUUGCGUUCCAUGAGGGGCUUACCCAGGAAAUUAGGUUGUGGUAUAAGGCAAAGAAAGUUCGCACCAGUAUCGUCCACCCUAUCUGGGUUAAGACGCCCAUGAUCAAACCCAUCACCGACUCCGGCCUGAAACUCAGACAACCAAUCUUCGAGGUUGAAGACGUCUCAAAUGUAAUUGUCAAACACGUCCUGAGCGGGAACAGCGGACAAGUCUGCAUCCCGGAUCGGAUCGGGGUCGCAAGCUAUAUUCGCGCGAUGCCGAAUUGGACGCAGGAGUGGAUUAGAAAUUUCAUUUCGUUGGAUUUGAAACGGGUGAGAGAUUAUGUUGAUUCUAAGGAAGGUGGUAAAUAA